CUUCCGGUCAGUGGGUGGUCCUGGGAGCUGGCGAGCGACCCUGCACGUGGCCUGGCUGUUGGCUUUCUGGGCUUCUAAACGGUCCGAAGCGGGGGUUGGCCGCAGGUCAAACCGUCGUCUGUGCUACUCCUGCCCUAGGAGGGGCGGGCGGCCUGCGUCAUGGACUAUCGGCGGCUCCUGAUGAGCCGGGUGGUUCCUGGCCAGUUUGACGACGCGGAGUCCUCGGACAGUGAAAAUACAGAUUUGAAGACAAUCAAAGCAGAAGAUGGCAUUCUAUUUAAAGAUCUUCAAAGUAAUAUGACCGAGAAGGGGGAAGGUGAGAUAGAAGAUGAGGAGGAAGAAGAGGAGGACUAUGAUGACGACGACGAUUGGGACUGGGAUGACGGAGUUGGAAAACUCACCAAGGGCUCUGCCUGGAGUGGAGGGAGUAACCCACAGGCAAAUAGGCAGACUUCCAACUGCAGUGCGGCCAAAAUGUCUACUCCAGCUGACAAGGUUUUACGGAAAUUUGAGAAUAAAAUUAAUCUAGAUAAGCUAAAUGUUACUGAUUCUGUCAUAAACAAAGUCACUGAGAAGUCUAGACAAAAGGAAGCAGACAUGUAUCGCAUCAAAGAUAAGGCAGACAGAGCAACUGUAGAACAGGUUUUGGAUCCCAGGACGAGAAUGAUUUUAUUCAAGCUGUUGACAAGAGGGAUCAUAUCAGAGAUAAAUGGCUGCAUUAGCACAGGAAAAGAAGCUAAUGUAUACCAUGCCAGCACGCCAAGUGGGGAGAGCAGAGCAAUCAAAAUUUACAAAACUUCUAUUUUGGUGUUCAAAGAUCGGGAUAAGUAUGUCAGCGGGGAGUUCAGGUUUCGUCAUGGCUACUGUAAAGGAAACCCUAGAAAAAUGGUGAAAACUUGGGCAGAGAAAGAAAUGAGGAACUUGAUCAGGUUAAACACAGCAGAGAUACCAUGUCCCGAACCAAUAAUGCUAAGAAGUCAUGUUCUCGUCAUGGGUUUCAUUGGUAAAGAUGACAUGCCUGCACCACUCCUGAAAAAUGUCCCAUUAUCAGAAUCCAAGGCUCGGGAGCUGUAUCUACAGGUCAUUCAGUACAUGAGGCGAAUGUAUCAGGAUGCCAGGCUCGUCCACGCAGAUCUCAGCGAAUUUAACAUGCUGUACCACGGGGGCGGUGUGCACAUCAUUGACGUGUCUCAGUCUGUGGAGCACGACCACCCGCAUGCCCUGGAGUUCCUGCGGAAGGACUGCACCAACGUGAACGAUUUCUUUCUGAAGCACGCCGUUGCGGUGAUGACCGUGCGGGAGCUCUUCGAGUUCGUCACAGACCCGUCCAUCACACCCGAGAACAUGGACGCUUACCUCGCUAAGGCCAUGGAAAUAGCCUCUCAGAGGACUAAGGAAGAAAGAUCCAGCCAAGAUCAUGUGGACGAAGAGGUGUUUAAGCGAGCAUAUAUUCCCAGAACCUUGAACGAAGUGAAGAAUUAUGAAAGGGACAUGGAUAUAAUGAUGAAGCUAAAGGAGGAGGACAUGGCCAUGAAUGCACAGCAGGACAACAUUCUGUACCAGACGGUCACAGGAUUGAAGAAAGAUUUGUCAGGAGUUCAGAAGGUACCUGCACUCCUAGAAAAGGAAGAUCAGGAGAAGACUUGUUCUGACUCCGAAGAUGCAGGGAGCUCCUUGAAUUCCGACAGUGACUCUGAGGAGCAGGGGGGCCACGCGCGGGGCCAGAAGCACACCACGGACCCAGACGUGGACAGGAAGGAAAGAAAAAAGAUGGUCAAGGAGGCCCAGAGAGAGAAAAGGAAAAACAAAAUUCCUAAGCAUGUGAAGAAAAGGAAGGAGAAGACCGCCAAGACCAAGAAAGGCAAAUAGGGGAGCUGCGCAGGCGUGGCCACGCCCAGCCCCUUCCGCGCGGCGGAGCGCCUGUGUCCUUGCGCCCCAGCGACCGCCCGGGCCGUCACCAACUCUGCAGUGGACAGAGGAUUUACGGAGUGAAGAACUUCAUAGGGAUGUUUAUUUUUAUAUGUAUUUUCUCCUGUAAAAUAUGUUUCAGAAGCAUCGUUUUGGGGUUUUUUUGUUUUUUUUUUUGAGACCGGGUCUCACCAUGUAGUUCAGACUGACCUUGAGCUCACA